AUGUUUGCUAACUUACCAUCUAGUUCUGAACUUGAAACAGGUUGUUUUGGAAGGCGUCGUGGUUGGAAGAAUAUUCGAUGGUACGAAUAUUUAUUCCUAACAAUCAGUAUAUUGGCUGUAAUCAUAAGUGAUGUAUUAACAAUUGUACGUUUAUUGAGUGCAAAGCAAGAUGAUAAUGAUUUUGCAUAUGGGAUACUAUUAAUUGUACAUUCAUUAUUUCUGUUAAUAUUUUUAUUCACUGGAAUAUUUUGUCAACGUAUCAUUGAUAUAUUGACAUUUUUACUGUGUGCGUUAUUGUUAACAGCCUAUGUUGUUAUACACUUUUUCACACGUCAAAAAACAAGUCUACCACCUGCCUCAUCAACAUCCUGGAGUAGCCCACAAACAACAGUGGCAAAUUGGUCUGAAACAUCGAUGUUUACUGCUACGUCAUAUUCCUUUAUCUCAUCUUCAACUGUUGCAUCAAACAAAGAUCAAUACAAUCUGCGUCUGAUAUCAACAUUAAUAUUAAAUUUGAGAAAUAUAAAUGAAUAUCAAACAUUGGACAAAAUUUUCUUGGGUGUUGGCGUACCCUUAGUGUUUAUUUGGUUGUGCAUUGCCGUACUGAUGGUACAAUUAGAAAAUAGAGUAUUAGUUGGUGUCUUUUAUGUCUUAUCCCUGCUACAACCAGCUCAUAUUGGAUAUAUUAUUUAUGUGGCAAUUACCGAUUCAAAACGUCCGGAAAAACCGUCAUCAGCCAACUUAGUACCAUUAUUGAGUGUACUCUAUGUGUGUGUUGGUAUAAACUUAGUGACACACUUGUUAGCAUUAGUUUUCGGUGGGUUGUGCGCCAAGAACUUUGGAAAGGGAUUGAAAGAAAAAGGUCUGUAA